CUCCCUCUCGAGAUGGCUCGCACGAAGCAGACGGCGCGCAAGUCGACGGGCGGCAAGGCCCCGCGCAAGCAGCUGGCCACCAAGGCGGCCCGCAAGAGCGCGCCGGCCACCGGCGGCGUCAAGAAGCCGCACCGCUACCGGCCCGGCACGGUGGCCCUGCGCGAGAUCCGGCGCUACCAGAAGUCCACCGAGCUGCUGAUCCGCAAGCUGCCGUUCCAGCGGCUGGUGCGCGAGAUCGCGCAGGACUUCAAGACCGACCUGCGCUUCCAGAGCUCGGCCGUCAUGGCCCUGCAGGAGGCGUGCGAGGCCUACCUGGUGGGGCUCUUCGAGGACACCAACCUGUGCGCCAUCCACGCCAAGCGCGUCACCAUCAUGCCCAAGGACAUCCAGCUGGCGCGCCGCAUCCGCGGGGAGCGGGCGUAGAUGGGAUUUCCUGGUUCCGUGCCAACUUUAAAUCCAAAGGCUCUUUUCAGAGCCACCCAAUUAGCUCCAACAAAAGUGGCUGUGAUCCUUUGGGUACUCUUGGACUGUGAUCCUGACCAUGCUAAAUUGGGAAUCCGUGCUAACCCUGGUCAUUGGCAUAUUUUACGACGGAAUGAUCAGGUUCAACAAUGGAAUAGUAGGCUUACCAAUGAAUUUACCCAGAUGAGCAAGAGUAGCUUGACAGUAACUAGCCAUUUUAUUUUUUAAGAUUUUAUUUAUUUGAGAGAGAGAGCACAUGAGAGGGGGGAGGGUCAGAGGGAGAAGCAGGCUCCCUGCCGAGCAGGGAGCCCGAUGCGGGACUCGAUCCAGGGACUCCAGGAUCAUGACCUGAGCCGAAGGCAGUCGCCCAACCAACUGAGCCACCCAGGCGCCCUAACUAGCCAUUUUAAAAGGUAGCAGGGAACAUGGGCUGUUUAUUUUGUUUUGGAUCCUGUUAUGAUCUUCACAUUUCAAGCAAUUGCCCAUAAUUUUCACCUCUGAGAACACAACCUAAGUUAUUCAUUGGUGACUCGGAAUCAUGAAAUGAGUAUAAAUAUUCCCGGUUUCUUAGUAGUUUAAGAAGUUUCCUCACUCCAAUAUAGUUUUCUUAUAACAUUUCAUCUUUUUAAAUUUUUUUAAGAUAACCUGAAGUUUCAGCUGAAAUAAGAAUCCAACUGCUUGCACAUUUCUUUAUAGCUAGCUACCCAUUCUUAAUAAUUGUUAAUCAGUUGAUCAGGCAUAAUUAGUCAAGUCCCUUUAUUGCUUAAUAUGUUAUUUCUUAUUUGUGGCCCUGCUUGUGAUUGGUUGCAUGGCUUUAUUUCUUCUAGGGCUAGGCAAUAAUUUUUUCACGAUUCUUGGCUGUAGUUUCUAUUCAAGUUUAGAAGUCAUAAUUAUUUUUCUUUUGUGGAUCUUGCUCUCUGGAGUUGCUGAUUCAGUACUGGAAGGAAGAUGAUCCACAUAAAAAUAGUGGCUGAUUCUGGAAGAAAAAUAACAUUUGCUUUAAAAUUUAAUUUCCAUAUUUCACCCAAUAUUUUUUCAGAAAACAAUUAUUUUAAAAAUUAUAUAGCAUUUACACUGUAUUUACAAACUGCCUUUAACAGAACAAUACAGUAUGCUGUAGAACAUGACAGCAGCAAAUUCCAAAGGCUUUGUGUGUUCUGUUUUCCACACCUGAGGUCUUAAUAUCUAAAAUUUUGGGCCUCCGUCUGAGAUGUGAGUUGAUGUACCGUAUUGAAUCAUGCGGACAACUCAACAAGAAACAUAAAACACAGAAGGUUAAACUUGAAUUGUGUGGUUUACUUGGAUUUAUUUACAUUCCAGGAUUUUAAUAAAGCAACUUUUGCUUUACAACAUAUUUGCAUUCUUAAAAAUGAUAAGGUUGGACAUUUCUGUGGAUGUGUGUAUGUCACUGGGUUGUACUUUUAACAUUUCAUUUUUCCAGAUUCUCAUACGUACCACUCUGGCCCAGACCUUUGCUACCCAUAUAAAGGGUCUGUCAGAGGCACCCAAUGCCCUUGGCUUGAACCAGGGUGACUGCUCUCCAGCUCGAUCCCAGCUGAAGUCCAAGUAUCUUGGUUUUUCUUAUAGCUGCACUGGCUCUUACGUUCAGUGUUUGGCU